UUUCGAUGUCCAUUCGGUCGAUUCCGAAAGCUCGUGCUCCGAAUUGGCAAAGAACGUUAGGUUGCCGCGCGAACGUCCAUCUUUUCGAAUGAUCGGCAGAUCGACGUAGCAGGCGGCAGCAGGGUCCAAGAGUCGAUCGAAAACUCGAAAUAAAAAUUCUAAUGGAAAAUUUAGGAAAGCAUCGCGCGUGAAAUUGGUCGUCGGGGAGCUCUUUGUUCGCGGGUGCCGUCGAUACAACUACGAAAACUAUCGCGAGCUUUUUCUUCGCUCGCUAUCGGCUAUCGACACAGAAGCUGAUCGAGCUGCUCGAACGAACAGAGGACAGAUAUUUUUCUCUUCUUUCUUCGUUCGGAACAUCCUCUUCCAUCUUCCGUUUCGAAGCAGCAAACAACCAUCGGACCAUUCUUAUAUCCUUCCGAAAGUAGAUUUCAGAAAUUUUCAAUCAGAAUUUGAAAAGAUUUCGAGUAAAAGUGUCCGCUCCGAAACAAUUCCUUUGCACGCGUUUUCACCUAGCAACCUUAAAUAAUAAUGAAAGAAAAAAAAUAUUGCGCGCAUACAUAUUUUAAUGAUCGACUAAUUAACGAUCGUCCCGUUCCUAUUUUCCCUUCCGAAGCAAUUGUUACGCGACAUAAUUCUGUCAAUUGUAGCAAUUAUCACAGGGUUAAGUGGACAAACGAGCGCGUUAGGGACGAGAAAGACGAGAAGACGGUGACGGUGACAAUUAUUACCGACAACAACAACGACAACGACAACGGUUUAAUCUCUUUCUUCUCGGGGUAGAGUCUUCCCAUCCCCCCUUCUUCAAAUUUAAUUAACAAAGAACGAUCGAUUAAUUCGCCUUGGUGCGUACAACAGUUCCAAUUCUUUCCUCUCUUUUGUGCUCUUCCACACUCUUUCGUACGCUUUCGUAUAGCUAUUUUCUAGAAAGUAGAAAUUUUCGAGAAUUUCUACCGAACAUACGGGCAUACCGAACAUUCAGGAUUGUAUUCUGUACUCCGACAGACGAUACGAUUCUCGUUUUAGAGAACUAUCAACGUAUGUACGAAUAAGAGAUACGAUCCGUCGCGUCGUUUUACCUAGUAUUUUUCAAUUUCGAAGCAAACGUCGUAUCGUAAUGCCGAAACACGACAACUUUUAUCGGCAAGAAAAUUGAAACGAACGGACGUUUCUUAGGCGGACACAUUCUCUAAGAUAAACGACGGCAAAGGAAAGUAUAAGAAAGUAAAGGAGGAUACGCGCGAUCCAAUAGGGAUCAACGUUCGAAUCGAUCGGUAUUUUAUUAUUUCGAGAAAGCUGAAUAGAUAGUAGGCGAGUUGUUUACCUCCGGAAGGGAAUUCAAUUAUUUUCCCAAUUUCGAUUGUUGGUUAUUUUCGUUGUUAUCGCGGUCUUAGCGAAGCUCGAUAAUCGGAUCGAAAAAGAAAGAUGCUUCGCCUUCGUUAUAUUGCUAUUCUACCGGGAAAUUCUAUAUCGUAAUUAUCGAAAAUUACUCGUAAAAGUAAUAUUGCUUUUAAAACUCCGGCGAGAUUCGGUACGCGAACGUUCAUUUUUUAUUAUUGCCGUACGGAUAAAAUAUACGCGAGUCCGAUUACGUAACGGCGGAUCGCGAUCGGCGCAUGUUCGUAAGAAUUAAAGCGACAUUUGCGUGCAUCUUCAAUAAGACGGCAUCGAUCGUCAUCGAUUGUUCCGCUCUCUAGCAACGAUAUAGCGAUACCGACGUAUAUUAAUGAACUAACAUCUAAUAAUUUGUCCAAUUGUUCUCUUCUUUCGGGCGCGGUAAUCGGUAACAGCGAUAAAUCCAGAACGAACGAAUCGUGCAUCGAAAAUACGAAUGAUCGAUCGAUGCGUUUCGCUAACGUAAGCUUCGACAAAAGCGAAGCUGUGAGCAAGGCCACCGUACGCGACAAGACCUAUUUUCUAGGACUUCCUUGUCUCUUAAUGCCACGGUUCGAUACGUUCGCGAUACCGUUCUCUCUCUCUCUCUCUCUCUCUCUCUCUAUCGUGCUUCUUCGAACCGAUAUGAUACGUGGAAGAAAGGCUAGCGUUUUCCAACACGGUUAGGUUCGCUUACGAGCAAACAGUCACCGCUGCAAUAAUGACGUAUCGAUCGAAUAAAAAUGAAGAUUUUCUCGAGGACAGCGUCUUUAGCGAUAUUCGCGACGACUCUCCGCGAUAGAAUUGUUGAACGCUCGAUCGAAAUUUCGUGGGGAAAAUCCGGAAAGCAAGCUGUUCGCAAGCUCCGAGUAAAAUCUUUCUCCGAACGCGAACGGUGUUAAAUGAAAUUGAAAAUCCGCUUCGAAAGGAGUACGAGAGAAUGGACAAAGUGCAAUUUCCGCGGCGGAAAUUACAUCUACGAGCAGUGGGAAAAGCUCGGUUGAAAAGCUUCGUUUACUGAAACAUGCUGCGCUCGUUCAAAUAGCAUAGCUAUGCUUACGCUUUUAAGAAGAAACCUAUUUAUACGUAAAUAUAGGAAUCUAUUGUCGCGUACGAGAGCGUCGAGAAAAUGAUUAUCGGCGAAUAUGAAUUCUACGUACAUGUCCGUACUUGAUUGAUAACGAGAUAAAAAUGAAGGGGUAUCGAAAAAUAAUCGAAUCGAGUCUCGAGUGUCGGAGAGUCUCGCGUACGUACGGCGCGCGAAUUCGGUGAUACGAGCUGAGUGGCUCUUGAUCGAUCUCGACGAGAGAAAUUAUUACUAAAUUAUCCGAUUAAAUUUUUAUCGGUCAACGAUUCCUCGCGAAAGGAAAGAGAGCCGAUCGACGACGGUAACGAGCGACUAUCCGAUAACUAUUAGUAUAUAACCGAUAAAUAUUAGUUCGUUUCGUCGAUCGGGUGUGGCGUGCGUCGAAAGAUAGGAGGUUAAAAAGCGCGCGAUAAACCGCACCGCCCUCGUCGAUCGGUCACGAGUUCGUUCGUCGUCAGUCGAGUCCCGUGUCUCGUCGACUAAGCACACACCCCCGAGUUACGCGGCCGCCGCGCGAAACCAUCCCUCGCGGCUCUCAGAGUCGAUCCAACCACCGCGAUGGACGAAUAUAAACGCGCGUACGACUCGUUCACCGUACGCUACUCGUAGAUAUCGUUCCUUCGGAAGGAAUAUAUAGGGGGAAGUAGGGAAAAUACCGAUAAAAGAGAAAAUUAGCGAAAAGUAGGAACGAUCUACGAAUCGAAAGGGUUCGCUGAAAAUCGAUGCAUGGGCUUGACGCGACGACGAUCGCGAGUUUCGCUCGGGAUUAGGCUUAGAUCCCUAAGCUUCGACGAUGGUGGACAAAUUGCACGAGUACGAGGGUUUCGCUGGAAGGGUGCACGAUGUUCGCGACAAGAUCAAAGAGAAAUGGGAAGUGUGGAAGGAAUGGAAGAACGGGAUACCGUUGGACCAAGGUGUCGGAGGAGUUAUCAAUCAUCUUCGUGGACCGCCGAAGCUCGAGAGGAGUUUGGACGAUUAUGCUCACGUUUAUAGAAAAAAGACUAGAGGAGAAUUGGUACGCGUGUCCGCGGCUGUGAUGGGAAUCGAAUUCUCUUACGCGGCGGAAACAGCGUUCGUUUCACCGACGUUGUUAAAAAUUGGCGUGGAUCAUCAACACAUGACUCUCGUUUGGGCUCUCAGCCCGUUGAUCGGAUUCUUUGUCACGCCAAUUUUGGGAAGUUUGAGCGACAGGUGCCGAUCGAAAUACGGAAGAAGGAGACCGUUCAUUCUAUUGUUAGCGAUCGGAGUGUUGAUCGGGUUGAUACUGGUUCCGAACGGCGAAGACAUGGGUUACGCUUUCGGCGAUACGCCGUCGACGUCGACUCGCGACAACUAUACCGUUCCGCUUGGCCAUCGAACAACGGCGAAACAAUCGAAAGAGGAGUCGACGAAACAUACUCGUUCCGGUGCUGCUCCCUCGCACUCUUGGGGAAUCUUCUUUACGAUUUUAGGCACGGUUCUCCUCGAUUUCGACGCGGACGCGUGUCAAAGCCCGGCCAGAGCCUACUUACUCGACGUCACCACACCAGAGGAUCAUGCCAGAGGUUUAAGUACGUUCACCAUAAUGGCUGGCUUAGGUGGGUUUAUGGGCUACGGAUUAGGUGGUAUUAAUUGGGAUGCCACAACGAUAGGCGUUAUGCUGGGUGGACACCUCCAUGCCACGUUCACGUUGAUCACGAUCAUCUUCGUAAUUUGUGUCUCCUGUACGAUCACCAGUUUCAAGGAGAUCCCCUUGGAACUACUGGAAAGAGACGAGUAUCAACAGCUCCAGGAACAGAAGAAGUCUGGCGAAGGAACCGGCGACGAAACCGGCGACGAACAAAAGGAGUACGAACGAAUCGCGACGGACGAAUGCGCGUACUACGGAACGGUAGACAACGAUCGAGAUUCCGUAACGCGAAGAGACGAAUUUGUUCUUAAACCUCUUCCGGUGCGAGAGCCGGAAAAGCGGAGUGAUCAGGUAGCUGCCGUGCCGAACGAAACGACGAUAGAAACUGGUCACGUUCAACCCGCUUUCGACAAAGAUACAGAGGCGAAUCCGAAAGCUACUUUAAGGGAAUAUCUUCUUUCUAUCGUGUAUAUGCCGCAUAGUCUUCGUAUGGUAUGCCUGACGAAUUUGUUCUGCUGGAUGGCCCACGUAUGUUAUUCCCUUUACUUCACCGAUUUUGUCGGAGAAGCCGUUUACGGUGGUAAUCCACAGUUAGUAAUUUUACAGGCACCGGACGGCAGCAAAGAACGAGAACUGUACGAAAGCGGCGUUCGAUUCGGAUGUUGGGGAAUGUCUAUGUACUCCCUUUCUUGCUCGUGUUAUUCGUUAAUUAUCGAGAAGUUGAUAGAACGUUACAAAGCUCGAAAGGUUUACAUUUGCGGACUAUUAUUCUACAGUGCCGGAAUGAUGAUGAUGGCGUUGACGAAGCAUCCGUUGGGAGUGAUUAUAUUCUCUUGGACCGCGGGUGUUAUGUAUUCGACGUUGUUCACCAUGCCCUAUUUGUUGGUCGCCCAUUAUCAUGCCUCGUCGACGUUCGAGGUGACAGCGGAAGGCGAAGCCGUUCAAAGCGGAGGCGUUCGUGGUCUUGGCACCGACGUGGCGAUCGUCUCUUCCAUGGUAUUUCUAGCCCAAUUUCUCCUCUCCUGCUGUUUAGGAACAAUCGUCAGCCAAUCCGGAACCACUACGGCGGUGGUCUGCGUGGCGAGCACCCUCGCCGCCUGCGGAGCCGUUUCUGCCACCCAAGUCAUGUAUUUGGAUCUAUGACUUUCCUCGCUGUCCUCUCGCUCUUUCUAUCCAAAUCCCUUUCAUCCCUUUCAUCCGACUAAAAUUAUUUAUCUUGCGGUAAGUGUUCGCCAAUCGAUUUUCGAUCGACA